AAUCAUCUCCCCAUCCCCAUUUUGAUCCAUUUCCAAUCGAAACCACUUGGGUUGUUUCCAUUGCCGUUGAUGAAUCAUGGCCAAGGCAGAACCAAUCGCUUCUGAAGGCCCGCGUGAGUGGGAGAUGCUUAAAUAUGCCUCUUCCUUCACCACGAGCACGAUCACUGGAGAUGCUCCUUGUUUCGACGCCAUCUUGAAUGCUCUCUCACAGCUGGCCGCAUUCCGUCUCCAGGCUCGCCGCGCCAUCAUCUCAUUCUUUGACCGCAAGUAUCAGCACAUUGUCGCUGAGGCCACUCAGUCCUCUCCCAUUGGCCCCUGCCCAGACCGCAUCAGGGACCGGCUCUGGCCCUCUGGGAUUCACCCUCGUGGCGAUAACAUGUGCGAGCAUGUCCUUCAGUUCCGGAGCACGAAACCUGCCUCUUUGGAUCACGAUGUGGGACUGGAGGUCUUGGUCAUUCCUGACCUUGCCGAAGAUGCCCACUCACCCAGUGGCUCAUGUGUCCAAGGGCUUCCUCAUCAUCGAUUCUAUUGCGGUAUACCUAUCCAAACCCCCAGAGGAUUCAACAUCGGUGUUUUGAGCGUUUUCGAUGACAGUCCCAGGCCUGGUGGUCUAGACCAGGCUUCCAUCCAGCUCCUGAGGGAUCUCUCCAAGACCAUCAUGUCCUAUCUAGAGACGCGUCGCGCCACAGAAAAUUUCAUUCGCAGUGAGCGCAUGGUGAAUGGCCUUAGCCACCUGAUCCGUGGCAAUGACAAUGCUGCCAACGACGUUCCUAGCUCUAGACAGUGCGACAGCCGGACUCGGAGGUUUCAGCAAAACGACCCAUCUAGCAACCAUGUCUCUGGAAGUCACAUGAUGAAGACCAGCGCAAGCUUACAGGAUAGCCCCGAGUGCUCCAACGGGGCUACAAAUAAACUUCCCUCACCUUUCAGCAAGCCAGCAGCUCUGGCUUCACUAAGUCCAGCCACCCAUCUUCAGACCGACACAUCGCAUUUUGUUGACCCCCAGAAAGUUGAGUUUGCAAGCAUGCUUAGCAAAGCCGCGGAUAUCGUCUGUAAUUCACUGAAGGUUGACGGCGCACUCUUUCUCGAUGCAGGUGUCAACUCCAUUGGGGCUCCCAUGGAACAUGAGGAUAAGUCGUUACACUCUGUGAACGAUUCCGCAUCGAGCAGCGAGGACAGCUCGGCGGACCAUGUCAGCGAUCCCCAGAACAAGAGGCCUUGUACCAUACUCGCCCUCUCCACCAUUGAUCAGGCUAUACUGGACCUAGUCCAACCAGGGUUGCAAAUAUCGCUCAAUCAGAAGACCCUUAAAAGACUAAUUUCCCGCUAUCCAAAUGGGAAGAUUUUCAGUUUCGAGGAGUCGGGCUCGUUGUACUCAGGGGAAUCAUCAUCCGGAGAGGAAACAGACCCUCGUUUUCCCGAUACCCGAACUGCAAAGACGGCCGCAGAUACCAAACCCACCUCCUCACGUAAGGAUGAAGCCAGGCCCGUUGCCGAGCUAUUUGCCGGGGCGAGGAGUGUCGCAUUAGUCCCCUUAUGGGAUCCCUCCCGAAACCGCUUCUACGCUUGCGGCCUCGUCUGGAGCAAGACAGCCGCUCGCAUUCUCACACCAGAAGCAGACCUGCCGUACCUGAAGGCCCUUGGGAUUGUCACCAUGGCUGAGAUCAACCGGAUCGACAUGACACUCGCCAACAAGGCCAAGGCGGAUCUGCUAGGCACGUUAAGCCACGAGCUCCGUUCGCCGCUCCAUGGAAUCUUAGCCGGUGCGGAGCUUUUGGCCGGUACUUCACUCGACCUGUUCCAGCAAGAAGUUGUGCACGCGUUGGAAAUAUCCGGCAAGACACUGCUUGACACCAUCGAUCACCUAUUGAUAUUCAGUAAAGUGAACACUCUCUCGCGAGUGUUCAAGUCGCAAAAGGAGCACAGGAGACACCGUAGCCCUUUCGGAUCCGAUAAACACGAUGAGAAGAGCAGAGCAAAUACUAGGCCCGAGAUGCAGUCUCUGUGCUCGGAUGUUGCAUUGGACAGACUCGCCGAAGAAGUUAUCGAAACCGUCACCAUCGGCCACAGUUUCCACUACGCAGUCAUGCCACAAGGGCCAAGAUGGCUCACGCCAGAUGCGGAUCUGGUCGGCAAGGUACAAAUCACAGUUGAUAUAGACCAUCGCAAGCCGUGGCUGUUUCGUACUGCACCUGGUGCUAUCCGCCGAAUUCUCAUGAACAUCCUCGGCAACGCCCUGAAGUACACGUCUCAAGGCCACGUGAAAAUCAGCCUUAAGCAGGAAAAGGGCACCUCACACAAAGGGCCGCGAAAGUCAACCACCGUAGUCCUUACCGUUUCGGACACGGGCAAGGGCAUUGGCGAUGAUUUUCUGCACAACAAACUCUUCGUUCCAUUCUCCCAGGAAGACUCGCUUACUGUGGGCACCGGUCUAGGGCUCAGUAUUGUGAAGCAGAUUGUCACAUCACUCGACGGCUCCAUUGGAGUUCGAAGCCAUGUCGGCAAGGGCACGACCGUGUCAGUCUCCUUGCCACUAGCUUACGCCGACCCUGGAACUGACAACAUGGGUAAGACAGAGCGGGAAGAAGAGCCAUUGGGUUUCGAUCGCAGCAUUCUUGACUCUAUCCGGGUGGCAGCUGUGGGGUUCACCCGCGUCCCGUGUGCUGCUGCCGAGGUCAACAGCGCGGCACAACUCCCACUGGAAAGUCUACCUCUGAAGUGGUUCAAUAUCAACCUCUGGGAAGCUGAGAAGGAUGAUCCUACCGCCCCUGGCCCCGAUAUCAUCAUCUAUAGUGAGGCUGCCUUUAGCAAACUUGAUGAAAAUUCCAUCAACGGCCACCUCCUACCUGGGGUCGUGAUAUGUCACAACGCCGGAACUACUGUAAAGCUAGAUACACUGUACAGGGAGUCUGGCACAAAAUCUGUAUUCGAGUUCAUUCACCAGCCGAAUACACCCCGAAAGUUCGGCAGAAUCCUGGGCUAUGCUCUCAAUCGCUGGAAGCAGCUGCAAACAACACAUACUCUGAGUGGCACAGAGGGUUCUGGCAACAAUACUGACGAGUCUCCUUUUCCCGUAUCGAGCGUAGAUAGUAAUCGGUCGUGGAACUGGACGAACCGAGAACAGUCUAGUGAGAGUGCAUCAUCCGCGGAUAGCCAGCCCGACCAGCAGACGAAGUCGAGUUCGAACCCCAAUGGACCGAUCAAAUCUGAGGAUCAAGGGCCUCAAUCCAAACAGACACGCGGAAGCAGCCCAGACAACUCAGCAACCGAAGAAGGGUCUGUCCAGCCGCAUUCCGAGUUUCUUCUUGUAGAUGAUAACUCGAUUAAUCUGAAGAUUCUCUCCGCCUAUAUGAAGAGAUUGCACAGAAAUUAUCGCACGGCUGUGAACGGCUUCGAGGCUCUGAAAACGUUCCAGCUGAACCCAGAGAGGUUUUGCUGCGUCCUAAUGGAUAUCAAUAUGCCAAUAAUGGACGGUCUUGAAGCGACGCGACUCAUCCGCAAAUUUGAGAGGGAAUAUCACCUUAAGCCUGUCACCAUCAUCGCUAUUACUGGUCUCGCAACAGAUGGCGCUAGAGAUGAGGCGUUUGCCAGCGGCCUUGAUGUCUUCCUGACACGACCAGUCAGUUUGGGUCAACUUAUACCAGUACUUGAAGAGAGGGGUGUUAAUGAGGCGAAGGCCAGAAUAAAGGUGUGAAAAUAAGAUAUUUACGGGAGGAGUGAAUUUUCUAUCCAUACUCCAUACCGGUGUUCCAUACGGGGCCUCAUGGAAUAUGGAAUAUGGAAUUGUCGCAGGGUAGGCAUGGUCUUCACGACCUCAGAAAACAACUGUAUUAGUAAUCUAGCUAUAUGCUUCAAGUAACUCUACGAAAUAGAAUACCCCGCACAAGAAACAACUUAAGAACAAUAAAAA